AUGAACACUAUUCUGCUGAUGGUGCUGGGGCUACAUUCUGUGCAUAUGUCUGCUUUCCAGACCUCCAAGUGCCAAGAGCUGAGAGACAGAUGUACAGCUGCAGAGUAUGGUUGCAGAAGUGUCUGGAAUUUACUUGAAGAAGUUUGUUGCAUUUCAGGCAACAGCUACACAGUGAAAGAUUCAACAAAUUGCAAUAAAAUCAUCCAGUUCUUAGUCGACCAGUUCCCAGAAUUUAAAGAUUGCAUCUGCACAAAAGAUAACUGUAGCAUCAAAAUGUUGCUUGGCAAGCAAUGUUUCAGUGAUAAAGGGAAAUCAGAGCCUACUUCAAGUACAGAUGUCCAGUUAAAAUUCCUGCCAUGGACAACAUCGCCAGAGAUGGCACAUCCACGCACCUUAGGAAUCGACUGUGCAGUUGCAAAGGAAAUCUGCCGAGGAGAUGACACCUGUUCUUUGCGGUAUAAGAAAUUCCAGAGAGUGUGCAGAACAGAGGUAGCCAAAUGUAGCCUCCGAAUGGUGGUACAGCAAUGCUUCACAGCAUGGAAAGAGUUAAGCAAAACAGUCCUGGGUAACUGCACAUGCCCAGAACCAGUGCAUAAACGAUGCACUAAAAUAUGGAAAAAUAUCUUUAACAACACAUGCUUACAACACAUUCAGGAAUAUCGAGCCUCUGUCGUUCAUAAGGAAACCAAUACAGGCGAGAGUACUUAUGGCUUUGAUGCAGAUAAUCUGAAAAUAAAAUCAGAGUGGAAGGUAUCAGCUCUUUCAAACUAUGAAUACAAACAUCUGCGUUCCUGCUUCCAAGUAAACAUGGACUGCGUUAAUGAUGAAGUCUGUAACAGACAACUAUCUCUGUACCUUCGAGUUUGCCAAGCAAAUGGAACUCAGUGCAAUCUGAAUCACUGCCAAGCGGCCCUGCAGUCCUUCUAUGAAAAUAUGCCUUUUAACAUUGCCCUGAUGUUGACAUUUUGUGAUUGCCUGCAAUUGGAUGAAAAUUGCCAUCAAGCCAAAGGAUUCCUUCAUGGCAAACCGUGUGGAGGCAACAUUGUCCCACCACCUUCAUGUCUAAGUGUCAUUCACAUGUGCCAAGGAAACCAUAUCUGCUGGGCCAAAUAUGAAGCAUUUACGUUAACGUGUUUAAAACUCUUCCCCCGAGCAUGCCUUGAAGAUAAAGCCUGCCUAGAAAUUUUGGACACGAAUGAUCUGAUUUGCUCUGACAGUGCAGAGUGCAGAGCUGCUUAUAUAGGAAUGUGGGGGUCUGUCCUGCGAGUCGAGUGUACCUGUGACACCACACCACUGGCUGAGCAGCCUGUAUGCAAGCGGUUCUAUAACAUACUCCACAGCAAAUCCUGCUUCACUCAGAUAUCAGGUGGCAAGGCUGACCUUUAUUCAUCACAUAUAGAUCUAUCUGGAAAAAUACUUCCUGUAACCGGAGAACGGUCUUUAUUUUAUGAUGACACAGUCGUUAUAAUUAUAUACAUCUCUUGCAUAAUCCUGGUCCUGGGGAUAAUCCUGCUGACUUUGUUAAAGACCAGAGCUUGCACAACUGUGUAUCAGGCCAAGACUGCUUCACCAGCCCAUUUAUCUGAGAAGCUCAUGAUAUCUCAACAACCAUGGAUCAUCAAGUGUGUUGAUAAUGCCUUUUCAGGUUCUUCUCAUUAGCCAGCCUGUUGCACAUGAACCAUGGAAGUUCUCUUGAGAGAAACCAUGAUCCACUUCAGCAAACACUGGGCAACGUACUACACAAGAGGGCAC